AUGAAGGUGCGGUUUAAAGAAUUAAAACUUCCGUUAUCGUGGAGAAAGACUGCUUUCACUGCUUUGAAGAUUUGCUUGCUGUUCUUGCUAUUGGAACGUUCGUAUGAGGGGCUGUGUUGGGUUCUUAAGCAUGGUGGCUCCAUUUAUAUGACGAAGCAUAUCUAUAAAACAGGAGAUAAGGUCGAGGUGAUAGUUAAUAAGCUGGAGCGGUUCCAAGGAGGCAAACAAUACGGGUAUGAGGGAUUACCUUUCACGUGCCCUUCUAAUAGACAGCAUCCUUUAUAUCGCUCGAUAGAAGAGAUCUUUAGGGGAGAUCGUAUUCACCAUAGUGGGUAUGAGCUGACUUUUGACCAAGAUGAUGCAUGUAGGGUGCUAUGUACGCGAACGGUAAAACCAGAAGAGUUAGGGAACAUAGAGCGGCUAAUCCGCGAGAAUUACAAGGUGAAUUGGCUCAUUGACGGGGUAGUUCCAGCAUCUACCACAUAUAUUUCUUCAAAGACCAACACUAAGCGCUAUGAUCCGGGCUUCUCACUCGGCUAUAUUGAUAUAGAGUCUGGCGCGGCAUACAUAAAUAACCAUGUUAUGAUUGUUGUGCGAUACCAUUCAAUAGAUUUCAACAAAAAUACCAUCAUUGGAUUUGAAGUAUACCCGAAGUCAGUGUCUGAUGAAACAUGCCCAGGAGGCUCGAAAGACUACGAGCAUUUUGAAAUUAAUCCUUCAACGUCAGAGGCGGUUACUAUCCCAUUUACUUACUCCGUCUACUGGAGGGAAGAUCUUAAGGUUGAUUGGGAAAAUAGGCAGAGUUACUACAUUACUCAGAGUAUAGCUGGACAUGGUGAAUCCGGCUUCAUGCAUUGGCUUGUUAUAAGUUUCACCUUCGUACUUCUAAUGGCCCUGACGGUCGGCUUUAAGAUGAUGCUGCGUCGCAUUGAACGUAACGACAGGGCUGGCGCCAUAGCGUCCGAUUGGGUUAAUCUGGGGUCUCGCUUCCCACUUCUGCUGAAUACUCUUGUUGCAGUGGGUACUCAUGCAACAUUUGCUUUUUUAGGCUAUUCCCUUUUUUUAGCACCCAUAAGGAGAAUCCACAGUAUACACCCGUUAGCCACUGUUAUGGCUACUCUAUUCAUUUUCGUAGGUCCUAUUUCAGCAGCUAAAGUUGCACGACUUUUAUCGGGUAAAGUACUGAAUAAUGAAGAAAAGGUAACCAAAUUAGGUAUUAAAUGUGGCUUCUGCAUGCCUAUUUCAGUCCUUUGUUUCAUGUGUAUUAUUAAUGUUAUUAUAUGGUUACCAAAAGGUACGCCGUGGAGAUUUCCAUUUCUGAAGGACUCCUGUAUGUUGACCAUUUAUUCCAUUAUUUGCAUAGUAAUUUCUUUGGUUGCAGUCAAGUGGCAUGGUAGUGUUCCUUUUGCAUUUUUAAAGUUACCGCCAGACCUUUUCCACUUAAAGAAAUCAUCUUUCCUGUCAAAUUUCCAUUACGAAAACCAUAGACAAUCAAUUCAUCCAAAAGAAAAGCCGCCAAUAUGGCUCUUGAAUGUUUUCUCUUGUAAGCUGUUUACUGGACUGAUUCCAUUUGCAUUGCUCUACUUAGAGUUGAAUUACUUCUCAAAACACACAGCGUCGAUGCUGACUUCAAUAUACCCCACCAUCGCAUUCAUUUUUGCCAAGGUCGGUAUACUCUCAAUUGUAAUUGCGGGAACGUCUAUAGCAUCCAUCUACUUGCAGUUAGUUCACAGGACGGAUCUGCAAUACAGCAAAAAUGGCAGUUCACGGUGGGCGAGAGUUUUUAAUAUGCUCAACUCGUGGAGAUGGAGAACUUUCUUCGCCAGCGGCGCAUCUGCAUGGUACGUGCUGGCAUACUGCAUUUAUCAUGGCCUUGUUAUCUUAAACUACACGGACUUUACUAGUAUUUUUAUGUACAUCGCUUACAGCACUCUCCUCAGUGCAUUGUGGUGGUGUAGCUCAGGCGCUAUCGGCUAUCUAGCCUGCUGUUGGUUUUUACAUAGAAUGAUAAAUAACCUCCCAAAAGAACGGCAGUACAACUGCCACUCUCUUUAA